ACUGACAACAAGCCUGGGCAGGAUGGCACCUCCAACCCCAAUUCUGGACCAGUUCAUCAGCAGCGUGUCGGAGCUGGUCCAAGAACGUGAUGGCUCAAAGCUACAGGAUUUCCUUCAAAUCGAACCUCCACUGUCAGACAUUUAUCAGCGCAUGAUUGAGGAAUUGCGCCAACGAUAUCCACCCGGACCCCAGAGCGAUACCGAGCUGCAGCAGCGAUGUGAGAUCUUAGUCCCGCGGACCAAGGGGAGUUCUUCCUGGUCCUCAUUCCCAACCUUUAUGAGGCUGUACUUUUCUUUCCUGCGUGAUGUCAAUGUCGAAAACCUACUGGACACCUACAACCUCCUUAGGGCCCUGCUGAAUCAAUGCGUCCUGGCCCUCGGAGAUAGCCAAAAUGGGGUGAUCGUCCUCCCCACCGUUCUCUACCUCUCGAAAGUUUUGGCGAAAUUGGCUAUGGGACUGGACCGCCAACCAGAGUUGAUCGCGCAUAUUCUGCGCAUGGAAGGCGGCUCGAACCGGGAGGAAAACAUUGAGAAGGUGACGUUGGUGGAACAGUCGGCAAAUGUGGUGCGAGAGGCCUUCAUCAAAUGUUUGACCGAUCGCAGUGGCACCCCGGGACCCAAUGGGAAGCCCGAGGGCAAACGCGUUGGCAUCUACUUGAUGGCAAAUCUAUGCCUCAAGCUCCUUUUUAAGUGUGGCAAGCUGCGCAAUGCGGAGCAGAUGUUUGCCAGUAUUAGCGCUCAAUCCCCUCCCCUGAUCCAUUUCCCCGCGUCCCAGCGCGUCACCUACCUCUAUUAUCUGGGUCGAUAUCUUUUUUCAAAUAACCUCUUUCAUCCUGCUCAAAUCGCCUUGCGGGCGGCUUAUGAUCAAUGCCAUCGCCAAGCCCUCAACCAACGAAAUUUGAUCCUGACAUACCUCAUCCCCUGCAAUAUAAUCAUGGGCCGAUUCCCCUCCAAAUCUCUACUUCAACGGCCGGAAGCCAAAGGUUUAGCAGAGCAAUUUGCGCCACUUUGUCACCUAAUUGUACGCGGCGAUUACCUGGCAUUCCGAGAGCAUCUUUCAUUCAAUUCCGCUCCUGGACAAUGGUUUGCACGAAAGGGUAUUCUGCUCGCACUCCGCAAUCGAUGUGAAAUCUUGGUUUGGCGGUCAUUCUGUCGCAAAGUAUUCAUUCAUGGUGGAUUUCAUGGGGAUCCAGCAGCGCAGGCGCAGCGUGGUCCUCCGCCAUUUCUAUACCUCCAAAAGCUACUUGUGGCUACAGAAUGGCUUCAAUCACGCUCCAAAAUUUCCAAUGGUACUACAAAACCACCUUCUUAUGGGUCACAGACCAUCUCUGAACCGAUGGACCCGGAUUAUGUGGGAUUUGAGAACCAGGGGAGCGUCGCUACCAAUGGGGACCCUGAGCUGAUGGAGAAGUAUGGGGAUUACCUGGCACCGGCGGGUUGUUUUGAUGAGGGGGAGAAUAUGCCGGGCCAGUUAAUCGAUGGUACUCCAGAGCCCGACUACGAGGAAUACGAAUUGGAUCCGUAUGCCGACGAUGAGAUAGCAGAAGUGCAGCCCGCUUUGCUCAUGGGGGAGAUUGAAUCCAUCCUGGCUUCAUUACUUACGCAGGGGUUGAUGCAUGGUUAUUUGACACAUCGAAAUCCUCGUUUUGCCAUUCCUGGUGCUAAAUUGCGGGGUGCCUUGCCUACUGGAUUUCCCAAUGUCUGGGAAACCAUAUCCACACGCGAGAAGGAAGACAACAGUGUUCCUGGAUGGGUCAAGCCUCCUCAGAUGUCUACAUUUGGUGCGCCAGCACUAGGCGGAGCGGGCCGUGUAGUGAAUCUGUCCGGGGCACGACCUGUUGGCGUCCAGUAGUUCAGCUUCAAUUAUGUUUGCUUUAAUGAUACCUCUAUGAACAAUACCCAAGG